CUGCUCUGGGGCACGUCAGCCCCUCCUGCUCUAUAAAGAGGCUGUGCUUUUGGGGAGGUUCACCUGCACCAGGUGGAGCUCCAGAAGCCCCAUGUACUCCUCCGACAGCUCGCAGGAGCCCCCGAAUAACGGGACCCCGGGGCCUUUUGAUGGCCCCCAGUGGCCCCACCAGGCCCCACGGGCCAUGUACCUGUCGGUGGCUGUGCUGAUGGGCCUCGUCGUGGUCUCGGCCUCGGUCGUGAACGGCCUGGUCAUCGUGGUUUCCAUCAGGUACAAGAAGCUCCGGUCGCCCCUGAACUACAUCCUGGUGAACCUGGCGGUGGCCAACCUGCUGGUGACGCUCUGCGGCAGCUCCGUCAGCCUCUCCAACAACAUCAGCGGCUUCUUCGUGUUCGGCAAACACCUGUGUGAGCUGGAGGGCUUCAUGGUCUCCCUCACAGGCAUUGUGGGGCUGUGGUCCCUGGCCAUCCUGGCCCUCGAGAGGUACGUUGUGGUCUGCAGACCCCUGGGAGACUUUCGGUUCAAGCACCGACACGCCGUCAGCGGCUGUGCCUUCACCUGGAGCUGGUCACUGCUCUGGACAACCCCACCGCUCCUGGGCUGGAGCAGCUACGUGCCUGAAGGUCUGAGAACCUCCUGUGGGCCCAACUGGUACACGGGCGGCAGCAACAACAACAGCUACAUCCUGGCCUUGUUUGUCACCUGCUUUGUGAUGCCCCUCAGCCUGAUCCUCUUCUCCUACACCAACCUGCUGCUGACCCUGCGCGCGGCUGCGGCGCAGCAGCAGGAGUCGGACACAACGCAGCAGGCGGAGCGGGAGGUGACCCGGAUGGUGGUGGCGAUGGUGAUGGCCUUUCUCAUCUGCUGGCUGCCCUACAGCACGUUUGCACUGGUGGUGGCCACCAACAAAGACAUCACCAUCCAGCCAGCUCUGGCAUCUCUGCCCUCCUACUUCUCCAAGACCGCCACGGUUUACAAUCCAAUCAUUUAUGUCUUCAUGAACAAACAGUUUCAGAGCUGCCUGCUGCAAAUGGUGUGCUGUGGUCACCACCCCCGGGGGACGGGGAAAACCUCUCCAGCUGCCCCCGGUCCUCACCCAGAGGGGCUGCAGAAUAAGGUGACGCCGUCUCACCCCGUCUGA